AAAUUGUGAAAAAAUGGCCAUUGUUGGUUUUUUUCCCUAACCAACAGACCAAAAUCCAAAAAUUUUACAUUAAAGAUAAUAUAAAACAGCACACUGGGAAAGUGGAGCAAGCAAAUAUUCAGCAUUUUUCCUUAAUAAAUGACUGAAACAACACUAAUACUAAUUGUUUCAGCACUAACACAGUGUAAUUAUAUUACACGAUAAUCCAGGUAAACAGGACAUAUUCAUGAAGGUUGUUUUAGAAAAACUAGUGUGUUUUUCACAUCCAUGUACAGCAGACAUUUACUUCACUCCCACUGGUCACCUUGUCUAUGUGUGUUUUGUUUAAUAAGGGAAAUCAGAUGCUCACCUUGGCUGUGCAGCACACAGAACGUGCUGACUAAGUGAGGCAGUUUCAAUAGCAUAAAAGAAACAUUCAGUCCCUGAAUCAACGUUUCUCUAAACAAACAACUGUGAAAUGGUCUCCCAUAUGUACAUGGCAUUGUGCUGAUGUCCUGACCUGCAAAUGUUGUCUCCAAAAAUAACGAUUUCUUUUGUGCAACGUGAUACGUUCAUGCAACCCUCUGUGUCUACGUGUGUGACCUGCCUUCUUCUGAAUGUAACACCAAAACAUUCAAAGUAUGUGUUUUGACUCUAUAUCAUGAAAGAUGGGUUUCCUAUGUUACUUUAUGUGUGGAGAUUGCAUGUUGUUCCCCUGGGUUUCCUCCCACAAUCAAAUGGAUUUGAGGCUCAAAUUUCCCAUAGGGCUGAAUGUGAGUGUUUAUCUUUCUACAGUAUCUGCGUUGCCGCCGAUGAAUCAGUAAGAUAUCCGUCAUGUUUCACAGGAACAGACGGAAAGUCUUGUUUCACCAAGUUGUGCUGUGUUGAUUGAUGAUUCUGUGUAGCGAAGAUGACACAGACCACGAAAGCAAAACAUCUGCCCCUUGCAGUUUAUAAAAUAGCUUUCAGAGAUUCCACAGUGCAUUGAAAUGUUAUCCUAAUCGCACAAUUUCACCCCUUUCAAGAACAGAAUAAAUGCCAUACAGGAUCCUAAAACGAGCCGUGAUGUAUGCUGAAAGCCCUGAAAUGUCGACUUGAGUGCUUCAGGGCCAUUAAGGAGGUCUUAAUUGUGACAUACGGCCAUUACGCCAUCGCCUCUCCCUCUCUCAUUCUGUCUUACUCCUACACCAGUCUUUCUUUCUGUCCCCCUCCAGAAUGACCUCCAUGUAUUUUAACGUGACUCAUGCCAUAAACAUCACCUGCACAAACACACAGCAGCGCAUACAGUACAGGUUACAUUCUACGACCUGACUCGUCAAGCGCUGAAUGUUAUUUUUAAUUUUGACAACAGGAAUCUCAUGCACUCCCACUGCCUGUGUCUUUAUCUCUUUUUAUUUUUUGUCUCUCUCCUAGUUCAAUCUAUCCAUUCAUUUCUCCUUCUUUCUCCUUUUACCCUUACUCUAUAUUUGUUUCCUCACACAGCAGGGGCCGCUUUUACCUUGUGCUCUACCCCUGCAGCACCAAAAUACCUUUCCUUCCCUUUGAGUUGUUUUCUUUUUCUUACCUUUCCUUUCCUUUUCUUUCAUUUCCUUCCUUCCCUUUCCUUCUCUUUCUCUCCAUUCCUUUCCUACCAAUAAUACCAGAUGGCAAAUGUUUAGAGAAGCAACUGUUUCCGUGACUUUCAUGCGGUAACUUUCAUGUUAGUCGAAACUCCAUUAUGUAAAUAGUUGCAUUUUGAAGUUUAUUCAUAAGUGUCCCAGACAAUAGUUUUAAACAGAAUCACCUGAUUUAUUGAAUAAAAAAGUCCAUAAGCUAAAAUCUCAGCUUGAAUCCAGAUUUUUGACUGACCACCCCGGAGUCUAGGUGAUCCAAGUGAUGAUUAAGAAUGCAAGAGUAGGCAUCUUAAGUGGUGAUCCUCACUGUUUGUCUGUGCUCUUUAUAUAGAAGCAAUUCAAUUAUUGAUUAAGUGCUUAAUCCACAAAUCCUAUAGUCUGCUCUGCUGGUAAACAGCCUUUGUUAGGGGCCUGGCAUGAGUUAAAGUGCUGACAAGUGCUGUAUGUAUUGUUAGUCUCUCUUUCUGUCCCACACACAAAUCCACACACACGUACAAACACACACACAUACUGUAUACAGAAUCCUGCUGAAAGCCUUCACUUCUGACGUCACACCUUAAAGUAAAAAAAAAAAAAAAAUUGUGUGUGUGUGUGUGUGUGUUCCAGCUAAUGGUCCUCGACUGAAUCAUUGAUGAGUUCAUUGAUUUUGUUGAAUAUCUGAUGUCAUAAAUGAAGCCGGUCAUUCAGCAGCUUGUAAUCACACACCGGCAUAAUCAGAACAUGACCGGAGAGGAAAACAUGAUCUGAUUGUUGUGUUGUAGGUGGUCAUGAUCAAACUCUUCAAAUGACAGAGUGUGAAUUGCGAUCAGCUGUGUAUUUAUAUGUCUAUACCAUGGUUUGUUGAAAGCACAGUAAUCAGUGCUUUCAAGUGUUCAGAUUACAUGAGGAAGUGUGGGUUUUCUAGUUGAACUAAUUAUUGUAAUAUAAGGAAUCAGGCAUGACAUAAUAGACAGCAGACCUAUAAAUAUCUCUUUGAAGAAAAUACAGUUUAGCCUUAACAUACCAAAACCUAUUUUGUUGUGAUGCUCUGUGUGCUUUAUCAUCUUAGCCUUGCCUUUGCCUCCCCCUAUAGGAUCCUCUGGGUAAGUGCAAACAUUGACUAUAGGUGGAUAUGAUUGAUUUAAACUAGAGCACAUAUUCUAGUGCUUUGUUCAGAAAAUUGGCACAAACAUCAUUCCCAAAAACUCAAUUAAAUACACUAAAUUUCUCACUCCUUAAAGUGUCUGUGGUAAGGGACUGUAGAUAAAUUAUUGAAGUGGGAAGGGGGGCUGAGUUUUAUAUUUCUUUUUCUUUUUUCUUUUUUUUUUUAAAGCAAGGCCCUCCUCAGCAUGGUUAUUUUUUUUGGACUUGAACAUAAUAUCCUGGACAGAUCACCAGUCUCUCACAGAAAAAGAAAAAAAAUCCUCUCUGUUUUCUGACUUUCCCUUUCCUCCUAAUAAUUUUCAUACAGUCCCUAAAAAUAGUAUGCCUAAUGAUGUUUGCACUUUGGUGAUAUAUAUUUUUAUCUCAUAUACUGUAGUACUACAAUAACAGGUGUAAAAUAAUUGUUUCUGUAGCCUAAUCAACCUUUGCAGUGAUCUUUACACAGUGUAUAAUGCUUAGAGUAGACUUACUAAGUUCUAUAAUUUAAUGCUCUGUCAGGCCUGUACUGCAGCCGUGUGAGCUUUUUGCCUUUAGUCUUCAGGAAGUGAAACAUGUGCUCAGCUGGAUUCAGGUCAUAUUUUUGACUGAUGUGGCCACCCAAUAAUACUCCACUGUUUCACCCAAAAAAACAAAACAAAACAAAAACUUACAAUUAUACAAAGCAGAGAAAAUCAGCCUAUCCUCACAUUUGAGCAGCUGGAACCAGAGAAUGAUUGGCAUUUUUGCUUGAAACGUGACUGAGAUGAUUAAUAGAUUGCCAAAACACGUGCAGAUUUCUGUUGAUCAACAGAAUCAAUUAACUGACUAAUUGUCUCAGGUCUGAUUUCAAAUCCAAAAUGCAGGCAUACAUUGUGUAUGCUAUAGAAAAUUGAUGCAGCAAUAUGCUGUUACUGCCACUAGGUGGCACACAAGGUUGUAUUUCAGGGUUUCAUUCAUGGCUUUCAAUGAGUGAAUGAUAUACUUAAAUACAAUAUAUAGUGAAAAGUGAAAUAACAUAAAAUAACAAUAAAUAUGUAAUAUGAUAUUGAAAAAAACAAUUUAACAUACAUAAUAAGAAGUGCUAAUAAUAAAUAAAAUAGACUAGAAAAAACUAGACUUAGACUAUUUACUGCAAAUGUUAAACACAUAUUCGACUUAAAUGUGGACACCUUUAGUAAUAAUAACCAAUUAUGCCUAUGGAGUUCACUUCCAUGUUGAUAAAUGUCUUUCAGUGAAAUUCAAACUAUGUAAGAAUUUAAACUGGUUUUCUUAUGUGUGUGUGUGUGUUGGUGGUUGUGUGUGUGUGUUGGUGGCUGUGUGUGUUAGUGUGUAAAAAUUAUACAAUGUGACUUUUUCAUUGUUGUGAAACAGAUAGAGUUACAUCCGGAUUAAAAAUGCUCUAUUUGUCUUUUCUUUAAUUCAAGCCAGAUGUUACCUCAAGCACUGGCCUGCUGUCACUCAACCUGCCUGUGACCAAUCACAGUGGACCUAAACUCCCCCUAAACUCCUCCCUCCCUCUCUCCAGAGUAUCAGAGCCUCAGUGGAGUGGAGAGGAAGAGUGUGUCGGACUUCUCCCUCUUUCUGUUUCUCUCUCUGAGUCCAUCUGUACCUCUCUCCUUCUGGUCUCUCUUACUGCAGAGCUGCUGAAUCACCCCAGCUCUACAAUGGAGAGAGGGGAAAUAUUGGCUGUGUAUCUGCUGUGCUGGUGCUGCAGUGUGUGUGUGGUUACAGCCAUUCAGAGGGCUGAUAUGUUUCCUUAUGGCAAUUUAAGUGGAGAUGCAAGUUUGGAAGUAGGCGACGAUGUAACCUCCCCAGUGCUGUCCCUGCCCAAACCCCUCUACUUCUACAACGACCCUGUCUCACAGCUAUAUGUGGCCACCAACGGUAUCAUAUCAACCCAGGAACUGCUGAUGGAAAAACAAUACGUUGACGAUGGCUUCCCCACAGAUUUCCCCGUGGUGGCCCCGUUCCUGGCUGACAUUGACACCAGCGACGAGAAAGGACAACGAGGACAGAUUUACUACCGGGUGACCGAAAUACCCAGUGUACUCAACAAAGUCGCCCAGGAAGUACAUCGAGGGUUCCCUGAUGCAAAAUUCACACCCACGCAUGCUGUGGUGGCAACAUGGGAGAACGUUGCGGCAUAUGAGGAACGAACCACUGGACGUUCAAACAAGGUCAAUACUUUCCAGGCAGUAAUUGGUUAUGAUGAAACCGACUCCUACGUUCUCUUUCUCUACCCUCAGGAUGGCCUGAACUUCUUUGGGACAAGACCCAAGGAGUCUUAUAAUGUUGAGAUAGAGCUUCCUGCUAGAGUUGGUUUCAGCAGAGGAGAAAUCGUGUAUAUGUUCUUUAACCGAAAACAAGGACCUCACUACAGCGUUACCAGCGAUGAACAGAGUGUUAAAAAUCUCUACCAGGUUGGUAAUACUGGAAUUCCAGGCGUAUGGCUCUUCCACACUGGGAAUCGUUACUCUUUCGACAAUAUUGUUCCCGCAUCCACUGGGGGCCUCCUUGCUACUCCACCUGGAGAAUAUGGCAUCUCCCUGGACACCACCACCCCUGAGUACGAUGAGUAUCCAGACAAUGGCUUUGACCAUGAUAACCAAGAGGAGGAAGAUGAUUAUCCUCUGACAGGUGGGGACCCUGAAUUCCAUCCAGCCCCUGCUGGUAGUGACUUCUCUGAGUCCCCUCAACCAGGAAGCCCUGACACUCCUUCUUCUCCUUCAGAGGAUUCUGCUCGUCAGGUAUCAUACGGCAGUGAAGAUGUACCGCUGACCUCUGAACCCAGGUACAGUUUCGAGCCAGCAGGGAGGCAGUAUGCUCCUCUUAAUCCUCAAGAGAACGUCCCAGCGGGAGGUGCUCAGCAGCCCCAGGAACAGCAACCACAGGUUCCUCUGGAGGUGGUGGAUGUCUACCCCCCUCACAGAAAUGAACCACCUCUCUCCCCCGGAGGUCACGUGGUCAGCGUGGAUGAAGACGACGUUGAUUUCGAAACAGGAGUGAUUCAGUACACGACAGAGAACAAGGAAACAUGUGCCAGAUUCCAGCAGCAGUGCUCCCAGAAUGCAUUUUGCUCUGACUAUGCCACAGGCUUCUGCUGUCACUGCAAGCCUGGCUUUUAUGGAAAUGGACACCACUGUCUACCUGAGGGUGCCCCCCAGCGUGUUAGCGGUAAGAUGAGCGGUACACUGACUGUAGGAUCAACUCCAGUGGACCUGAACAACAUCGAUCUCCACGCCUACAUCGUGGUGGGAGACGGGAGAGCGUACACUGCCAUCAGCGAGGUACCUGAGCCACUGGGCUGGGCUCUGAUGCCGGUCGCACCAAUAGGAGAGCUGUUUGGAUGGCUGUUUGCUCUGGAGCUGCCCAAUAGCCAAGCAGGAUUCAAAAUCACAGGCGCAGAGUUCACUCGUCGUGCAGAGGUGAUCUUUUACCCCAGCAACCAGCGUCUGUCAAUCAUCCAGACGGGCCGUGGCCUCGACGAACACAACCACCUCACCGUGGAUACUGAGGUCAACGGCAACGUGCCUUUCAUACCCCCUGGAGCCGAAGUUACCAUGGAUCCCUUUAAGGAAACCUACCAGUACUACCCAUCCGUUGUCACCUCCACCUCCGUGAGAGAGUUUUCAGUUGUUUCAGCCGAGCGAGGGUCCGAGUCCUUCUCCUUCCAGCUGAAGCAGAACAUCACCUACCGCGACUGUCGGCACGACAACCGCGCCGCCGCCGUGGAGACACUGCAGAUCACCAUGGAGAGAGCAUUUGUGGUGUAUGUUAAAGAGGAGCGGAUCCUGAGAUACGCCAUCACCAACAAGAUCAGCCCAGUCGGAGUCGAGCCAGUAGGGCCGGAGCUGGUGAACCCCUGCUACGCUGGAAACCACGACUGCGACACCACGGCCCAGUGUAUCCCACUGGAGGGCCAGGCCUUCAACUGCCAGUGUGCCACUGGUUAUAGAGGAGAUGGACGCAACUGUUAUGACAUAGAUGAGUGUGCUGAGGGCUUGGGCACAUGUGGUGCUCAUUCUCAGUGCGUGAACCUGCCUGGUAGCCAUCGCUGCCAGUGCCAGAGUGGCUACGAGUUUGGUUUUGAUGGGCGUACCUGUGUUGAUGUAGAUGAGUGCAGCUCCUCUCCAUGUCACAUCAAUGCCAGAUGUAUCAAUGGACUGGGAUCCUUCCAGUGUCAGUGCCAGCUUGGGUUUUAUGGGGAUGGUUUCUACUGCUUCCAACAGGAAGGACAGACAAGUCGACCAAAGAGUCAGUGUGAGCAGCACAGAGACAGUCUGCAAAGUGGAGUAGAGCACGGUGGACGACCAAGUCUUGGAGCCUUCAUCCCACAGUGCGACUCUGACGGACGGUACCGACCGCUGCAGUGCCAUGGCUCCACCGGACAUUGUUGGUGUGUGGACAGGAGGGGGCAGGAGAGAGCAGGAACCAGAACUCCACCUGGUACAGCACCUACAGACUGUGACAGACCAGAGCGUCCUAAAACUCCCUGUGAGCACCACAGAGACAGUAUACAGACUACCAGUCCAGAGGGAUAUCCUAUAAUUGGAGCCUAUGUGCCCCAGUGUGAUGCUAAUGGACAGUACUCACCGUUGCAGUGCCACGGUUCCAUUGGACAUUGUUGGUGUGUAGACAGUAGUGGCCAGGAGAGACCAGGAACCAGGACUCUACCUGGUACAACACCCAAAGACUGUGACAAACCAGAGCAUUUUAAAACUCAAUGUGAGCACCACAGAGACAGCAUACAGACUACCAGUCCAGAGGGACAUCCUGGAGUUGGAGUCUAUGUACCCCAAUGUGAUGCUAGUGGACAGUACACACCACUGCAGUGUCACGGAUCUUCUGGAUAUUGCUGGUGUGUAGACAAGAGUGGGCAGGAAAGAGAGGGAACCAGGACAUUUCCUGGUACACCACCUAAAGACUGUGACAAACCAGAUGAGCGAGAGCGUCCCAAAACUUUCUGUGAGCACCACAGAGACAGUGUACAGACCACCAGUCCAGAGGGACAUCCUAUACCAGGAGUGUUUGUACCUCAGUGUGAUACUAAUGGAGCAUAUAGAUCUCAACAGUGUCAUAGUUCCUCUGGACAUUGUUGGUGUGUGGACAGUAACGGACAAGAGAGACCGGGAACUAGGACACCACCUGGUACAGCACCCAAAGACUGUGACAAACCAGAUGAACCAGAGCGUCCUAAAACUCACUGUGAGCACCACAAAGACAGGGCACAGAGCAGUCCAGAGGCAUAUCCUGGAGCCUUUGUACCUCAGUGUGAUACUAAUGGACAGUACAUACAAUUGCAGUGCCACGGCUCCACUGGACAUUGUUGGUGCGUGGACAAUAGGGGGCAGGAGAGAGCAGGAACCAGGACUCCACCUGGCGCAACACCCACAGACUGUGACAAACCAGAUGUGCGUCCUAAAACUGACUGUGAGCAGCGCAGAGACAGCGUAAGGACCACCAGCCCAGGAGUAUUUGUACCUCAGUGUGAUGCUAAUGGACAGUAUACAUCUCAACAGUGCCAUAGUUCCAGUGGACAUUGUUGGUGUGUUGACAGCAGCGGGCAGGAGAGACCAGGAACCAGGACACCACCUGGUGCACAACCUAAAGACUGUGACAAACCAGAUGAACCUCAGCGUCCUAAAACUCAAUGUGAGCACCACAGAGACAACAUACUGAAUAGCAGUCCAGAUGGAUAUCCUGUAGUUGGAGUCUUUGUACCUCAAUGUGAUGCAGAUGGACAGUACAUGUCUCAACAGUGUCACGGUUCCACUGGACAGUGUUGGUGUGUGGACAGACGCGGUCAGGAGAGAGCAGGAACCAGGACUCCAGCUGGUGUAGCACGUGUAGACUGUGACAGACCAGUCCCUGUGGCUCCGACCCAGCGCCCUGAGAGUGUGUGUGAGCGAUGGAGGGCCAGUUUGAUUGAGCACUACGGUGGGAAACCAGAGCCACAACAAUACGUGCCUCAGUGUGAGCCAGAUGGACAAUUCAGUCCAGUCCAGUGUUACGGGGAGACCACCUACUGUUGGUGUGUGGACCAGGACGGGCGGGAGGUUCCUGGCACCCGAUCACAUGAUGUGGUCAAACCUGCAUGCCUUCCCUCAGUGGCUCCGCCCACUGUACGGCCAUUGCCCCGCCCAGAUGUGACCCCUCCCACAAACACUGACGUCACACUGCUGUACGCUCAGGGACAGAAAAUAGGAGCGCUGCCUCUAAACGGGACCAGACUAGAUGCAAGCCGCUCCAAAACACUACUGACUCUACAUGGUUCCAUAGUCGUUGGUUUAUCAUAUGACUGCAAAGAGAACCAAGUCUAUUGGACAGAUUUGUCUGCAAGGACCAUCAAUAGAGCAUCAAUGGAAUCUGGAGCUGAGCCUGAGAUACUCAUUAACACCAAUCUGGUCAGUCCAGAGGGUUUGGCGGUGGACGUCAAACGCAGGUUGAUGUUCUGGGUCGACUCGAACCCAGACGUGAUCGAAACCGCCAACCUGGACGGCAGCGGGAGGAGGACGCUGUUUGACGCAGACUUGGUCAACCCCCGAGCCAUCAUAGUGGUCUCUUCCACCGGCACUCUGUACUGGACAGACUGGAACCGAGAGGCUCCUAAGAUUGAAAGUUCGUCAGUGGACGGUCAGAACCGCAGAGUGGUGGUGUCUGAUGGGAUCGGUUUGCCAAAUGCUUUAACGUACGACUCUUCUUCUGGACAGAUCUGCUGGGCUGACGCAGGUACAAAGCGUUUAGAGUGUAUAUUCCCGGAUGGUUCAGGUCGAAAAGUGAUCCACGCCACCCUCAACUACCCGUUCAGCAUGGUCUACUACAGGAACCACUUCUAUUACACUGACUGGAGGAGGGAUGGCGUGAUCGCAGUAAGCAAAGACAGCAGUCAGUUCACCGACGAAUACCUGCCUGACCAGCGCUCUCACCUCUACGGCAUCGCCAUAGCAACAUCUCACUGUCUAUCAGGGAGCCACUAACGACGGACUGGCAGCCGCAGGGUCCUUUUGGUGCUAAAAGUUCUGGGGCAACUCCUGAACAGAGGGCAGGACCACCCUAACAAACUUCCUCUCCAGUGUCCCUCAGAAGAAAAGGACACUCACAAGGGAGCAAGAUGACUUCCUGUCGCCAGAACGGCCGGCAGAGCAAAUUUACAUCCCCUCCACCCACCCACCACCCACCCCCAUUAUCUCACCUUAAAGAUAUAACCCCCAAAAUAAAUGUUUUGUAAAUUUGUUUUAUACCUCAUUUUUAGUUUUUUUUCUACUGUAUUUUUGUACGUGAGUUGUUUUUUUUUUUGUUUUUUUGGUUUUCUAUCAAUCGAUUAAAGCUACCGAACAAUGAAAUCAGAUUUUUAAAAUGUAUGUGAGUGUAGGUUUUUCUGUUCUUUAAAGCCAAAGAAGAAUGACACGAAGAGCUUUAAGACGUUGAAACGUUCGAGCCAAAGUCCUGUUGUGAAACUGAGCAUUAGCUUUUCGGUCAGCUGGCCACAGCGGCUUUUAAAUUCUGUGUCACCAGUCUAAUUAUAUAGCGUACAGAAUGGUGUCUGAACAGAAAUAAAUACAGCUUGACUUUUUGGGAAAUACACUUAUUCACUCUCCUGCUGAGAGCUACAUGAGAAGAUUGAUACCACUCUCAUAUGAAAAGUCUGACAGAAUCAAUACUGAAGACAUUCACGUCUGUUCACUGAUCAUUGUUUACUGGAUUAGAAAUAGAAUCUACAGAACAUACUCAGAAACCUGUUGUUGUUCUUACACACUCUAUGAAAUCUAAGUGGAAUAUCACUGCCAUUGUUGCAUGUCUGAAAGUUUUUGUAAUCAGGUUACUGUAAUCAGAUUAUAUGUAAUAAUCUGUCUCCCUCAGCCCUGUGAGCCACAGUCAGACCACAACAACUACAGUCCUGCUACAUUUCUCUGCACUACUAAUCUGGAUUUCACACAUGACGGAAAUGACGUUAUUCUUUUUUUUUUUUUUGCCAAAUACUUUCACUACUACUACUUUUCAAAUCUUUAUCUUUUUAUAAGAUGUGAUAUUUAUAACAAUAAAAAUGUGAUUUGGUACUUGA